AUGGGCCGGGUUUGCAAAGCGGACAGCCUGCCAUUGACCUACUCCGAACUCACGUACAUCUGCUUCUUCUACUUCUUCCUGCUGAUAAGCUUCCUGGUAUGGUGUCUACGCAAAAAUCGAUUUAGAAGCAAAAUAAAUGAAAGGCACAAAUGGAAGAAUAGCGAGUCACACGCAAAAAAUGAGAAGAUCGAAUUUUUUAACUACAUUUACGAGGCUGGCGAGGAGGACGACUCGGACGACAUCGUAGUUCGACAGGAAGGGUACCAAAAUAGCUUUGUCGGGUUCGCUCUGAAGAAUGCCUCUAUCUUCCUGUAUGUAUGCACCCAUAUCAUUAUCCUCUUUUUAAUUGCUAAUGAGUAUUGCAUACACGAGGGGGGUGAAGUCUUAUGGAAUGACCGAGCCUUUAUUUUCUUCAUUUUUCUCCUCCUCUGCUUUUCCAUUACGUAUGGCAUUUUGACAGUCAGGAAACAUCUGCACAGCUUUUUUUUGAAACCCUCUCUACUGAAGGAGAGUGAUUAUGUGUUAAUAUACACCAAAAGUGAUGAGUACGCCAACACGUGUAAGACUUCCCUUAGGCGAAGUUUCUUCCAUGCCGUUAGCUGGGCUAACAGGUGGUAUCACACAUUGGGAAAACGCUUCCAACAUUAUGCGAAUUUGUAUGUACGCUACCUAGGGGUGAUAAAACAUGCGCUCUUUUUAGAAAUUGCCAAGUGGGGCUUCAUCCACAAGGGAGCAGAAUUUGGAAGUACUCGCUCAGGCAACAGUGAGGAGGGGAGAUGCCCCCCUCUUGGGGGGGGACAAAAGGAUGGCUACCACAGAAAAUAUGAAGACAUUUUGGAAGACACGCGUUUGUUAAGCGGGCAUGCGAGGAAGGGACACUCGUUGGGUUACCACGAAAAGGGGGCCAACAAAAUGGCAGGAAAGGCGGCCGGUAAAGCGGCCGGUAAAGAGGCAGGCAAAGAGGCAGGCAAAGGGGCAGGCAAAGGGGCAUCCCCGGUGGAGACCAAAGCGGGCACAGCCUCCCCCCCCCUGACAGUGCACAAGAUAAAAGUGCAGACAAACGAAAAGAACCUGCGCUACUUCUUCUUUAGAAGCAUGAAGUACGUAUACAACGAAGAGAAGGAUGCAUUCCACAACAUCGCGCACACCAUUGAGGAAAAGGUGCACAGCCUCGACUUCAACUACCUACUAAAAAAAGGAGGACUAAACAACAGCGAAAUUAUUAACAACCUAAAUGAUUACGGCUACAACAAUAUACACCUCGAAUUUUGCUCCUUCUUUAAAAGCAUAAAAAGAGAGCUGCUGGAUGGAAUUUACAUGUUCCAGCUAUUCAUAACAUACAAAAAUUUUUUUUGGAAGGAGGUGAUAACUUCUCUCAUUUGGCUAGUCAUCUCGUUCCUAAGUGUUGUGAACAAAAUUAUGAAAAAUGAAAAAAAUAAAAAAGAAAUUUAUGAAAACAUACAAUCCAACAACAACACCAUCGUGACUGUCUAUAGAAAUUCAAUCGUUCAACAUGUCCCCUCUAGUAACCUAACCAUAGGAGAUGUGAUCAUUAUUAAUUCGAAGAUGACUAUGCCUUGUGAUUGUCUCCUACUGACAGGGCAGGUUUUAGUAGAUGAAAGUUUGCUAACUGGUGAAUCCAGGCCAAUGAAAAAGACAUGCAUAUCAAAUUUGAGCUCCUUCAAUUCUUUUGACAAUGGGACGUACUCAUCGUCUAGUGAUUCUUUCCACAUGGGGGGUUCCCCAAAGGAGAAGAACCCUCAAUGGAAGAAUGCCUCUCCACAUGGAGCCAAUCCGAUGAGUGAACAGUUCGGGGGGAACACUAACUAUGAGAGAUUCACCAAAGGGAAGUACCACAGUGUGAAGCGAAAUUUUCAUCACAACAAUAUUUUGUACUCAGGCACGGAUGUGAUUUCUACGAUGAAUUCUACAGAGAGCAUCUACGCAGUGGUGAUCAGUGUGAGCAUAUACACCUACAAGGGAAAGUACAUGCAGAAUGUUUUAUUCCCAAAUCCACUCCUCUUCAAAUACGACUCGCAACUACCCAUCGUCUUUCUCUUCACUAUUCUCUUUUCUCUCAUAUGCAUGUAUUUCCAAAUACGUUCCUUGGGACUUAAUAUGACCUCCAUUUUUUACACCAUUGGGACAAUGUCACAGAUACUACCUGUCUGGACCCCUGUUGUUCUAAACAUAGGAUUAAAUAUAUCAACGAAUAGAUUGAAGGAGGAGAAAAACAUCCGCUGCAUUGCUCCUUCAAGGAUUCCUAUCUGUGGGAAAAUUAGGAUCUUUUUUUUCGACAAAACGGGGACACUCACAGGGCAUAAAAUUGAAUUUUCAGGCGUCCAUUUUAGCAAUAACGUUUUGAAUGAACAGAAGGUACAGCUAUCUGGAUUGGAAAGUCAUAGCAAAAGUGUUUCCGACGAUACGUACGAUGUGAAAUAUGAAAGUUAUUAUCCCUCCGGGAAAGUCAACUUGAGUACCGUUAGGAAGAACGGGUCUCCUGGAAUGGAGGCUGUCCAUCUGGUUGAAAGCAGCGUCCCUCAUGGUGGGGCCUCCUCCUCGGGCGGUGACUCACAGAGAGAUAAAAAUGUUGUAGCGGCGGAGAGCGCAGGUGGGGCAGACCACGCAGCACCGCUGGAUCAUAUGGACGGGGCGGGUCACACAAACGGGGAAGACCACGCGGAUGGCACGUCCGCGCGCUCCAUUUACUCGAGCGUCGACGAUGAAGUUGUUCCCGUGGUGGCCGAUUUGGGCCAAGUCGAGAGCAGCGCGAAUGGAAACGAAGGCGGGCUGGUUGUUGGUGAUAGCGGCGUGGUUGUAGACGAUAGCGGCUUGGUUGUAGACGAUAGCGGCAUGGUUGUUGGUGAUAACAGCGUGCUUCUAGGAGAUAGCAGCGUGGUUGUUGGUGAUAACAGCGUGCUUCUAGGAGAUAGCAGCGUGGUUGUAGGCCAAAUGGGAGUAAGCAUUGGAGACCUGAACCGCGUGAGGGAACCCCCCGACAGGGCGGAUGCCAGCCAGCCAUCCAGCGGAGACGUCUUCCAAAGCUACGACGAAACGGAUGAGAAUAAAUAUCUUGAAAAUCAGAACAAGGAGGUCCCUCUUGGGGGAGAAGAGCAAAAGGGAGGGAACCCCGAUCAGGGAGAACACGUCAUAGGGACUAACCUUUCAACUUUGCCAAAUGACGAGAAGGAAAACCUCGAUGAAGAAUCAUUUUUGCGUGAAGCGGAGGAACAACACUCCCUGGAGAACAAAAGCAUUUCCAUCGACAUGGACACAGAUGAGUCCCCCAAAAGGGCUAAGAAACAAAAAGAAAGUACCCCCAUUGUAGGACGCGAAAAUGUUAGUCAAAAGUCGGCUGAGGAAGAAGCAGAACAGACAGAAGAAGAACCUCCGAUGAGGAGCUGCCACUUCAACGAAUCCAACUCGUCCAUGAAUUCUGUCACGUCACUGCUUUACAACAGCAAACUGAUGUGGGCAAAUAAAGCCACUCUGAAAAAUACCCCUCCAAGUUAUCACCUACUAGUGUAUGCCCUCGCGGGAUGCGCCUGUGUCUACAGCGAUACCAUGACUGACAGUGUAUAUGGACACGAAAUAGAUAAAAGAUUAUUUGAAGCCACGGAAAUGAAAAUCAGUAACUACAUUAACAAAUACAACAUGAACGUGAAGAAGGUGUCCCUAAAAAUUAAUUAUACAUUUAAAUAUUUCGACAUUCUGAAGACAUUCGAAUUUGAUUACUUUACAAAAAUAUCGACGACACUAGCAUAUGGCUACUUUGAUUUGGGGGAAAAAAUUUUUGUUGUUUUUUCAAAGGGCUCUUUUGACAAAAUUUACAAAAAAUGUAUCAAAAAUGAAGAAAUACAGUUCUUUAAAAAGAAAGAACAAGAAUACAGUAAAAACGGGUUCUACGUAAUUGGGCUAGCUUUUCGAAUCAUAUGUGACAUGUCCUUUGAGGAAAUAUUACAUCUACCAAGGGAAGAAUUAGAAAAGGACAUGAGCUUCUUAUCCCUCAUCAUGUUUAGCAAUUACAUCAAGAAGGAUGCCGAGUUGGUUGUUCAAACUUUAAAGAGCUCUUCCAUCAGACCAGUUAUUCUUACUGGCGAUAAUGCGUACAACUGCCUCUACGUGGGGAAUAAAAUUGGUCUCUUCAACAGCAUUAACUUUUACGAGUCUUUCCUCUCGAUCAACAUGAACUCGAACACAAACACGAGCUCGAACUCGGCGGAGAGGAUACUAAACGAACGAGAGAACCUGUUCCUCUCCACCGAAACCAAAUUUUUGUCAUUUGAAAAUUUUAUCAAGUCGAACGCGCAAGUAGGAGGGGGUGACGAAGAAAGUGUCGCCGGGAAAGCAGCCAACAACUUCGCCCAGUCCUCCCACCGCCAACGGGAAUACAACGCCGAUUUUUACGUGGCGCAGGGCGAGGGCGCCGAUGGAUCCGCGCAAAGGGGAAGGGACGGGGCUCCUCCUAUAGUGCGAACACACGAGAAAGGGGAGGAAGUGGGAACCUCCCACAAUAACCGCCUCCCCAGGGGGGCGUCCUCCAAAAUCUACCGCGAUAUGGACGAGGACUACGCGGGGGGCGAAACCACGGCGCUUCUCCACCGCGGGCAGAAGCCUGCACAGGGGGGCGGACCAAACGGGCACCCCGCUUCGGACGGUAACAGCUAUAACAGCGUGGACGAAUACAAGGCCCAUCGGGAAAGCGAGGGCCAAGGGGACGAAACCCCCUUUCUCGAAGCAGUCAGCCAAAUGAACCCACCGCACAGUAAAAACUCGUACUACACGAACGAGCAAAACGAACAGAGAAGCGAAAAUGUUAUUGUCUACGGAUACAUGCAAGAAGCCUCCAACGAUCUCGUAUUCGUGAAUAUACAAAAUGAUAAAAAAGUUAAUUCAGAAGAAGUUCUAUUUGGAAAUAUCUACAAAGAAAUAAUCCUAACUGGUGAAGCAUACACUUACAUAAGGCACAAUAUUUUUCAUAUCUCCCAUGAGGAGGAAGAAAUAAGUUCCUAUAGUAACGUUGAAAAGCUGGACGGAUAUAAAAAUUUUCUUCUACGUGUACGUAUUUUCUCUAGAUUAACUCCAAACAAUAAAAUGGAGGUGAUAAAGGAUUUCAUAAAAUAUGACUACAUUUCUGGGAUGUGUGGAGAUGGAAGUAACGAUUGUGGAGCCCUAAAAAUUUCUCAUGCAGGGUUAGCCUUAUCAGAUGCGGACACUUCAGUUGUAUCACCAUUUAGUAGCAAAAAUGAUAAUAUAAAAAGCGUUAUUGAUGUGUUGAGAGAAGGUCGAGCUUGUUUAGUCACCUCUAUUAACUGCUACAAGUAUAUGUUACUCUAUGGGUUCAUGAUUUCCGUUGUAAAAAUUGUUCUUUUUAUGAAUGCUCAUGCGGUUAUGUCAGAAUAUGGAUACCUCUUCUUCGACAAUGUGAUCCUACUAUUGCUAGCAAAAUCCAUGACCCUUUCUAGACCAGCUAGGAAAUUAAAAACGCAGACUCCUACUUCAAGUAUCAUUGGUGCUCAGACUAUCAUUUCUUUACUGUCCAAUUUGGUUUUUUUUUAUGUGUAUGAAUUACCAUCGUCGUAUGAUAUGAAUAGCUCUGCUCCCAAGUCUUCUUGGUGGCUCAUGAGCGACAACUACGAGAGCUUUUUGGCUUGCGUGUGGUUUUGCUUCCAAAUUGUGAAUAGCGCCUUCAUUUUCACCUUCGGCGGGAAGUACCGCAAGCCCAUCUUCUCCAACUACACCUUCAUGGGGUACUACUGCCUCAUCAACAGCUUCCUGCUCUACCUGACGGUCGGAGGGCCCAACCGACUCACGUGCCUCUUCCGAAUGAACUGCAACGACGAAGUUUCCAGAGCAACCCAAUUCAAAAUUCUAGACCUGUUCUCCUACUCAGCCAGCGGCCUAAGUUUCUACGGCCCAAACGGAAACAACAUCCUCACCACAGGCCACAAAGUGAAAUUCCUUUUUUUGAAUCUUCUUAACAUAGCUGUCAACAUUUGCAUAUCCAAAUACGUUUUGUGCGAGCCCUUGUACAACAUGGUUAGGCGGUUCUUCAACUUCCAGAAUAGGAAGGUCCCCGUUUAA